GGAGUAUUUAUUUUACGUUAUAGCAAUACUUAGUUAAACUCUCCUCUUUUACCAUUUACGUUAUAGCAAUACUUAGUAAAAUCAUUUCCAAACUCCGGCUUGAGUGCGAGCUUAGCUGUGUUUGCUACAGUGUACCUGCAGGGUUGGUAGUUAUCUUUUUAUAAGUUAUCUAUGGCUUCGGUACAUGAACUGGGCAAAUACUUCGCGUGAAUUGUGCUUGACUCUGUGCACUUGCAAACAUCAACCCCCUCCCCCCACCCCCUAAACGCCUGGGGAUAGUCUGGGUAGUGUCCAAACAAAAAACAAACAUUCAACUGGACCCCUCAAAGCCAGCCCGCGUCCGGACCGUCCAGCUCCCCUCAAACCCAGCCCAUAUGUUGGUGGAUUUAGUGCCGUCUGGGCGCGUCCUCCACAUUACACCUUCCACCCUGAUCCCACAAAUACCCCAUCCAUAUCCGCAUCCGGACCAAACCCUAGCCAUUUGCCACUCCACUCCAUUUCACUUCACUUUCAGUCCGCUCUGCCCAACUCCUGUCCGGUGAUCUUUCGCCAUUUUCGGCAUUUCGGGCAUCGGAUCUGAGUCCAAUAACUUCGGAUCCAACGACUGGACCUUGUCCCCUGCAUGGACGAGGAACAUAUAUAUAGCUGUCCGACUGGCUUGCCGCCGGUUUCGGGAGAAUAUUCCAGCUUUGGUGGGGCUUAGAACCAGCAGUGGCAAUGUGCCUGUUGGCGGCUCGAGCCGCGUCUCCGCUCUGGAUCUGGCACCGGGGAGGGUGGUUGGAGGUACACGCCCUUGAGGACGGCCCUGCGGCAUCCGAGCAACCCCGAUGCUAGGUCUUGGUCCCCAUGCCGCCUGGCUCCGAGUCUUUGGUCAGCGGUGCCAAUGCACACGACCAAGGAUACUCCGGAUGCUCCAGCUAUGGCGGAAAAGCAAGGCCGCGGCACGGCGUGCCCACCAUGAGAGGACGAAGGUGCGCCGCGUUAGGCCUCUAUGUCGUCUUGGAGCACUACCAUCGCCACCAGACGGCAAGGGCGGCCGUGGAUGAACUUGCUCUAUAACCCCGUUUCUUUUAUAAUAGAACAUAUGCCUAAUUAAUUUUGGUAGUCUGAUGGUAUGUGUGAUGAUGAAGUACCGUAUGCUAUGCCCAGUAUGAACUAUGUGCUAUGAUUUAUAUGAAUUAUGCAGUACGUCGUUUGAUCUAUGUUGCAUGAGAUUAUAUGGAUUUGAAGGUUUGAAUAUGUGGGGACGGUUGUGGACGCGGACAAAUGAGAGAUGGCCCGGCGCUGUCUGCGGGCUUCAUACAGUAGGCUAAAUCUGUAAAAUCCGAUCGUAGAUGUUGUUAUGGUCCGCCUGCCUACGUCACACUAUGCUCUAAGGUGUACGUAAGACUUGAUGAAUGAUUGAAGAUGCUGCACUGGCGAGGAGUAGCCAUAGAAAUGACUUGUAGUGUACUCCCUCCGUUCAGAAUUACUUGUCUCGGAAAUGGAUGUAUCUAAAACUAAAAUACAUCUAGAUACAUCCAUUUCUGCGACAAGUAAUUCCGAAUCGGAGGGAGUAGUACACUGGCGAGAUGCAGGCUUUGUUGGAGCCAUCCAUUGAUUAGGGUGGGGGGUGGUUGUUGCGUGUACACUGUUGUACUACUACUACUAUGGGGUAUGGGCAUUCAUAUCACUCGGUGAACUAACUCCUCUUCCAAGAUAAAAUUACUGGGUGAAGUCAGUUGCACAGGUUGCUAUUAUUUGCGGUAAGAAAAGGCACACGCACACACCACACAGUACAAACACAUCUCGUCUUGCUUCUGUGUUUCCUCUCCCAUCGUCACUCUCCCCUCUGUUUGCUCGCGAGCUCUGCCUCGUUCCCCUUCUCGCCUCCGCCUCCGCCGUCGCCGGUCGAUCCCGGCCGGCUCCACCGCCUCGCUGCGAGCGACUGCCCUGUCGGAGCUCUGCCUGACGGUAACCCGUUCCUUUCGUCUUCUGUGCACACUUGUCAUUUGUCAACCAUGGCAUAUUUCUGCCCCCAACGACUUUGACGGGCUCCGGUGUCUGGUCAUUGUCAACCCGAUGGUUGCGAGCGGCGAGAGCUCAGUUCCUCGGUUUAUAUGGCCCAAUCAACACAUUGACAUAGUACUUCUUCAUCUUUAAUCUCCCACGGUUAAUGUCCGUAGCUGUUUCCUACCAUUCAGCCUGAAACUACAUCUGGCAAACUGGUUGCUGCUGUGGUCAGCACAAACUGGUUACUCUGCUCUUCUUUCACAAGCAUAUGUGAAAGAAAGUCUUGGUGGCAUGACUCUCCGUGUCAUUUUUACCCUCCUAUUGUUGGUAUGUUUCUGUGAAUCCGAUGACCGCCUAACACCCGCCAAGCCACUCUUGCCGGGCGACAAGCUCGUCUCCAACAAUGGCAUCUUCGCUCUAGGCUUCUUCUCCCUGGACCCGGAGAACUCCACCGCCUCAAACUCAUAUGUAGGCAUAUGGUACCAUGACAUUCCAGAGCGGACAUAUGUGUGGGUGGCCAACCGCGACAACCCGAUCAAAAGCGGUUUGUCGGGGAAGUUGGUUCUGACCAACACCUCUGAUCUCGUCUUGUCAGACUCCAGAGGCCGUGUCCUCUGGAGGACGACGAACAACAUCACCACCGGUGGUGAUGGGGCUGUGGCGCUGCUGCUUGAGGCGGGGAACUUUGUCCUGCAGUCUCGGAAUUUCACGCAGAUAUGGCAGAGCUAUGAUCACCCAACCGACACCAUCCUCCCCAGCUUCAAGUUAUGGGCAAACUACAAGACCCACACAGCAGUGCGCAUCGUCGCCUGGAAGGGUCCUCAGGACCCGUCCACCGGGAAAUUCAUGCUCAGUCGUGACCCCGGCACGGGCCUCCAGAUCCUCACCUUGCAUGGGACUAGCAAGUACUGGCGCAGCGGGCUGUGGAACGGUGCAGAAGCCUCGGACAAGAACGGGUUCAUGUGGUCCCAGAUCGUCGACGACGGGGAGACCAUCUACUCGGCGUACAAUACGGGUAACAGCUCCGCCCGGAGGUCGCACUGGAAGCUGGACUACAAUGGCGACUUGAUGCUCAGGAUCUGGAGUGGCCAUUCAUGGAUGCCUCUGUUCAAACGCCCGGAUGAUGGCUGCCGCCGCUACGGUACGUGUGGUCCGUUCGGCUACUGCGACAUGUUCGACAAGAUCUGCAGGUGCCUGGAUGGGUUCCAGCCAGCAGACGGCUUCGGCGCCAGCCCCUCCAGAGGAUGCGUGAGAAAGGAGAACCUGACAUGCCGCGGUGACCAUUUCUUGACUUUGCCGGAGAUGAAGGUGCCUGACAAGUUUGUGUAUGUGAGGAACAGAAGCUUCGAGGAGUGCACUGCUGACUGUGAGCGCGAUUGCUCCUGCACCGCGUAUGCUUACACCAACCUGAGCAGUAUCGUCGCAACCGGUGGCCCAUCAAGAUGCUUGAUCUGGACAGGGGACCUUGUUGACUCUGAGAAGGCCGGUAUGCUUGGUGGCAACCUCUACAUUCGGCUUGCUGGCUCUCCUGAACUCAGUUCUGCAGUAAACAACACGAAGAGCGGUGUCGGUGUGGUAUUCAAGAUCGCACUCCCAGUUAUAUUCGUCCUGUUGUCACUCACAUGCAUAUAUUUCGUCUGCAUAUGCAAGCCAAAAGGGAUACAAGUUUACAAGGAAACCCUGAAAAAACCGGGCCUGGAACACUUGAGCACUUCGCAAGAAGUCUGGGAUCAAAAUUUGGAAUUCCGGUCUAUUAGGUUUGAAGACAUUGCCACUGCAACAAACAGUUUCCAUGACACAAACAUACUUGGAAAAGGAGGUUUUGGCAAAGUCUAUAAGGGAACACUAGAAGAUGGAAAGCAAGUUGCUGUUAAAAGGCUUAGCAAGGGUUCUGAUCAAGGAAUAGAGCAUUUUAGAAAUGAAGUGGUUCUUAUUGCCAAAUUGCAGCACAAGAAUCUAGUUAGACUCCUUGGCUGUUGUAUUCAUGAGGAUGAGAAGUUGCUUAUUUAUGAAUACCUACCCAACAAAAGCCUGGACCAGUUUCUUUUUGAUGUUGCAAGGAAGUCUAUACUUGAUUGGCCAAAGAGGUUCAACAUAAUCAAAGGGGUUGCUAGAGGACUUCUGUAUCUCCACCAAGAUUCGAGAACGACUAUAAUCCAUAGAGACCUCAAGCCAAGCAACAUCCUGCUAGACGUGGAGAUGAACCCAAAAAUAUCAGAUUUUGGAAUGGCAAGGAUCUUUGGGGGCAACGAACAACAAGAAAGUACCAGACGAGUUGUUGGCACGUACGGGUACAUGUCGCCUGAGUAUGCGAUGGAGGGCAUUUUUUCCGUCAAGUCCGACACCUACAGCUUUGGUAUUUUGCUACUAGAGAUUGUAAGUGGAUUAAAGAUCAGUUCACCACAUCAUCUUGUCAUGGACUUUUCAAAUCUCAUAUCAUUUGCAUGGAACUUGUGGGCAGAUGGCAAAGUGAAGGAUUUCGUGGACCCAGCCGUCACGGAGAGCUACUCGCUUGAUGAAGUGUCCAAGUGCAUCCAUGUUGGGCUCUUGUGUGUCCAGGACAGCUCCGGUGCUAGGCCUCACAUGUCAUCUGUUGUGUCCAUGCUCGACAGUGAAGGCAUGCCUCGCGCAGCGCCGAGGCAACCUAUGUAUUUCGCGCAGAUAAAUUACGAAACCAGUGAUGCGACAGAAGACCUGGAAAACUCUGCCAAUGGCGUGAGCCUUACGGCGCUUGAAGGACGAUAACUGGCUCAUGUAAUUGUGCCAUUCCCUAUUAACUAUUAAGAUUUACUUAUAUUUGAGGAAUGUAUUCUAUUGAAGAUUUGCUCUUUCUUUUCCUUGUUGGCUAUGGCAUUAAGCCCACUUUUUGUUGGGUUGUACCGUUGACACAGGUUGAGAUUUUUUUUUUCAAAUUAAUUGAACGAUAAGCAUGGUAAGUGUUUUUUU